AUGAAUGAUAAAAACAAACUAGCUUGUAACGUGAAUCCGAAAACGACAACUCUUCAAAGAUCAUUCAACGAAGUUCGCGAAGGAAGGUAUAUUAAGUUCCUGCUUUGGUUUGUAGGGGGAAUGGGAGGAGUAGAAAUCUUGUGCAUAUUUUUGUUGUGGUUUUUCUUUGUAAGAUCAAAAAAUAAUUUAGAUGCAAGAGUGUAUAAUAAUAUUUCCAUAAUUGGUUUUAGAAAAUUCAGUUAUUCUGAAUUGAAAAAAGCAACAAAAAAUUUUAAUCAAGAGAUUGGAAGAGGUGUAGGAGGAGUUGUAUACAAAGGUGUCCUGUUGGAUGAACGAGUCAUAGCAAUGAAGAAAUUAGCGGAAGCUAAUCAAGGCGAAGAACAGUUUCUCGCGGAAGUAAGUAGCAUUGGAAGCCUUAACCAUAUGAACUUGAUUGAACUGUGGGGUUAUUGCGCAGAAGGAAAACACAGAAUGCUUGUGUAUGAGUUCAUGGAAAAUGGUUCUUUAGCAGAACAUUUAAGGUCUAAUGGGUUGAAUUGGAGUAAGAGAUUUGACAUAGCUUUAGGUACUGCAAAAGCUUGGAGAAGCAGUCACAACAUAUUUAAGGCCGUGCACUCACUUGGUGGCAUUGGUGGCACAAUUAUCACUCACGAGCAAGUUGGGAAGACUUUCUGGUAG